CUCCCCUUAGCCUUAAUGUCAAUUGAUGCCAAUGCAAGUAUGGCGGAGUGUGGCGACGCGAAUUCGCACGAGAUGACAGAGAAUCAUGUCGGCAAGCGGUGCAAUAAUCAGUGGGUGCGACUGAACGUGGGCGGGACGUACUUCCUGACAGCGAAGACCACCCUGGCAAGAGACCCGAACUCGUUUCUCUAUCGGCUAUGCCAGGAGGACUCGGACCUUAUUUCGGACAGGGACGAGACGGGAGCAUACCUGAUAGACCGCGACCCCACGUACUUCAGCCCGGUUCUGAACUACUUGCGCCACGGCAAACUGGUCAUCAAUAAGGAUCUGACGGAGGAGGGUGUACUGGAGGAGGCAGAGUUCUACAAUAUCACCGAGCUCAUUCGACUAGUCAAAGAGAGAAUCAUCUUGAGGGACACUCGGCCGCAGAGAGACUCCAAGAAGCACGUCUACAGAGUUCUCCAGUGCCACGAGGAUGAGCUCACACAGAUGGUGUCCACUAUGUCAGACGGAUGGAGAUUUGAACAGCUAAUCAACAUAGGUUCUCAAUAUAACUAUGGUAACGACGAUCAUGCGGAAUUUCUGUGUGUGGUAAGCCGAGAAUAUGGACCUAGUCAGCUCAGCAGUAAAGAGGAAGAGUCUACGGAUCGCGUCAAGGUACCGCUAUCCUCUUUGACUGUUUCCCAUCCUUCUUUGAGCCAGAGUAGCCAUGGUUGAUACAAUUUCAUUUUUGUUGAAAAUUGUAUCCAAACUGAUAUACAAUAGACGCAGAUUUAUUAUUUGAAAUAUUUUAUUCACGUUUGUUUACUAAGUAUCUCUACUUUUUUGUAAAACCAUGUACCCUGAAUAAUCUGUUCAGUAUUAUUGUUUUUUUGUGUUGGAUUGCAUGAGAUAUUUGUUGCAGUGACUUGAUUCACGUCUGCUUCUCUAGUUGGAAACGCAAACGCUUUUUUGCCUGAAAAAAAGAAUUGCAAUUACAAAAUUUUAAAACACUUUGUUGCUGUAAACUGAAUCUCUUGCAAUUCAACACACUGAUUUUAUUCUUGAUUUCUAACGCUGUUGUGAAAUCAAAUAACACUUUUAUCAGUUCUAAUGAGGUGAAAAAAAAAACAAUAAGCAGUAUUAUUUUUGGUAUUAACAAUUUCCAUAUACUGACGUUUGGAUUGGGUUGGGUAGAAAACCAAAGAUGAGCUUUAUCACCAUACACGUGAUAAAUAUGAUUUAUAUACACACAUUUGUACGAGAUUGAAUUUUAUCUCACUUAUAUCAUUUAUGCUUAAAUCAGCAAUACAUUUCUCUAUACAUUUUUUCUACAAUAUUCCUGACAGUCGCUUAGAAAAUUAUUUUGCUUAAUCGUUUCAUAUAAGCGAAAUAAAAUACGACAAAGGAAAAGAAUUUUGUUGUAGACAUGAAAUGUGUAUUCAGCAACAGAUUUCAUUAGGUGACUUAAUUUUUUUUUCUAAUCAAAUAUUUGUGGAUAAUAAUCUGUUGAUUGAAUUUUUGAAUUUUGAAUGUGUGUGUGUGCGCGUGCGCGCACACACAUACACACACACACACACGUUUAUAGACUUUAAAUAUGUUAUAUUAAAAAAAGUAAUACAUUAAUUUAAACGAAUCACCUAAUAAUCUGUGACACUCAGAGGCCUGUUCGCAUGAGCAUGUUCUGCCUCUGAUAUUUGUUGUAUGUAUCAUAUUAUUAUUAUUACAAUUAUUAUUAUGAUUAUUAUUAUUAUCAUUAUUGUACCGCAUGCCGUUUGUUGAAUAAAGAAUUUUUUCUUUUA